UCUUCGCUCGACGUAACCGAGAUCGCUUGUUCACGUGGUGAGCGUUUUCGUCGCGUUAUCGCGCAACGCAGCAACGUAACAGUCCUCGUCGGAAGGGAAGAGAUCGGUCGCCGAUUGUUCUCACGCAACGUCGUCGUGUUGAAGCCGGUGCUUCGUAUGUAUAACGCUGCAGAUUCUUGCGAUACGAUCGUCCGCAACGAGAAGACUAGCAAGUCCGAGCUGAAAAUCCUGCUCGAAUACUAAGGACCGUAAGGUCAGGAGCGUGGAUCAGUGAAAAUCAAACACGGUGGAGCCUCGACUGGGCGUUAAAGUCGAAAUCAUCGCUCGGUGGCCGCAUUCGUCAGCAAGCUGGAGUCCUUGAACGGCGCCGAGUUUGUGGCCGGAAGUGUUUGCUCACCGGGAUGAUAGCCGCACGGUUCUGGAUGUGAUAGGAUCCGAAAUCCUUCGAAUCGAGCGUAUUUUUUCAAAUGCAAUUCGACCGAUCGAUCGGUAGCAACACUCGCUGACAAUCUCGUGAAGUCAGUUGUAACGCGCAGAGAUUGGACAUCUCUGUAUCCUCGGCGGUAGAUUUUAACUGUCGCGGCUGAGCGAAAUUUGACAGUUGGUACGCAAGCAUGGCUUUGUUACGUUAUACGUGGCUCCUAACACUACUAGCUUUAAAGUGUGUUCAGGCAGACUUCAAAGUGUCUACGCAGGAUUUAAAAAUCCAACUCAAUCAUCCUGUAUCAUUUAACUUAUCCUUAACGAAACCAUUGCCUCAUGAUGGGAGUGUAAUGGUAAAAAUAGAUGUACAACAUCCUGAUUUGUUAUCCACCAGCCCAUCUAGCUUUAACAUCACAACGAAUCAGACAGAAUGGAUCAUUCAUGUAAAAAGCCUGGCUGCGGGCCAUUCGACUCUCACUGCUAACGUAACACCUAGUAAUAUUACAGACUUCUCUCAAGCAUUUGUCAGAGUGACUAUAGAGAAAUCGGACACACUUUAUCACAUUAGUGCUGUGGUUGGAUGGAUAUACUUUCUGGCAUGGAGUAUAAGCUUUUAUCCGCAGAUCUACAGUAAUUACAAACGUAAAAGUGUCGUGGGUCUCAGCUUUGACUAUCUAUCACUAAAUCUCGUCGGUUUUCUCAUGUACGCGUUAUUCAAUUGUGGUCUCUACUGGAUACCUGAGAUUGAGCUUGAGUAUUUCAGUCGGUAUCCAAAAGGCUUGAAUCCUGUCCAAGUCAAUGAUAUAUUUUUCUCUCUACACGCAGUAUUUGCCACCGCAGUAACAGUCACGCAAUGUUUUAUUUAUGAGAGUGGCAAUCAAAGAGUAUCGACGACUGCGCGCAUUAUCCAUGGAAUAUUCACGACAUUUAUACUGAUAUCUUUGAUAUUAUCCUUUGCCAGGAUAAUACAGUGGCUAGAUUUCCUCUAUUACUGCAGCUACGUUAAGCUCAGCAUAACGCUUAUCAAAUACGUGCCACAGGCGUUUUACAAUUAUAGAAGAAAAUCCACCGUUGGCUGGAGCAUCGGAAAUAUAUUCUUAGAUUUUACUGGUGGUAUCUUAUCGAUGCUGCAAAUGAUACUCAAUGCUUACAAUUACGACGAUUGGGAAAGUAUUUUUGGAGAUCCAACUAAAUUCGGUCUUGGGUUCUUUUCUGUGGCGUUCGAUAUAUUUUUCAUAAUACAGCACUAUGUCCUGUACAGAUAUGUCGAUGAGAAGAUGAUUGACCUGAAGGGCAGAGUAUAGCAACUUCGCCAACGGUUUAAUUCCUUUUCUUUGAAACCCUCCUAUGAUCCGUGUAUUUCUCACUUGUGUUUCUAUAUUACUUGAUAAAACCUAGCAUGACUGUUUUGUCACUCAUCAGUAUCAUGCAUAUAAUUAAAAGAUAUAAUCGAACAAAAUGUAUGGUAAAAGAUAAAGCGCGUGCAAUAGGUUUAUGCAAGCACAUGUGAUAUAUCUCGAAAAAUAGGUUUUUUGUACAUAUCUUAUUCUUUUUUAUGUCGAUAUUUAUAUCAAAUACAUUCCGCAAAUUAUGCUCUUACGCGGGCCAUAAAUGUCUGCAUAUCAUAUAUAUUUAUAGUAUUAUAAAGAAAAGAUAAAGCAAACGAGCC